AUGUUCAAGUCUCUGUUGUUCACUGCUAUUAUCUCCGCCGUCGUCACUACCGUGUACGGGCAUGGUUAUGUCCAGGAAAUUGUUUCUGGAUCGGCCAAGUAUACAGGUUACCUGCCGUACCAGGACCCAUACAUGAACCCAGCACCUCAACGCAUCGUUCGCAAAAUACCCGGAAACGGCCCUGUGGAGGACUUGUCCCUGAUCGAUGUCCAAUGCAACGGAUGGUCCCAGGGUGGCGUCGUUGGCUCUGCCCCUGCCCCGAUCUUCGCGACUUUCGCUGCCGGUUCUUCAGUAUCCUUGAACUGGACAACCUGGCCUGACAGCCACGUCGGCCCUGUAAUCACCUACAUGGCUCGCGCUCCAAGCGAUAUCACCAAGUGGAAUCCCGGUAACUCUGCGGUCUGGUUCAAGGUUGCAGAGAGCGGCAAGACGUCCGAUGGCAAAUGGGCAGCUUCCGACCUCCUUUACGCCUCAAACCACAUCUACACUUUCAGGAUCCCACCCAGGCUCCAGCCCGGCCAAUAUAUUAUUCGACACGAAAUUAUCGCGCUUCACUCUGCUUACAGCUACCCUGGAGCUCAAGUUUACCCCAGUUGCAUCCAAGUACAGGUGACCGGUAGUGGGACUGCGUUGCCCACUUCCUUCGUCUCCUUCCCCGGUGCGUAUUCUGGAAGUACUCCUGGGAUUGUAUUCGACGUGUAUCAAAAUAAAGGCGCGUAUCCUAUUCCAGGGCCUGCUGUGUGGACCGGAGGAAACUAG